UCAAUGAAACUUUUUCUCUCGCUAAUUCCAGUCUUUCUUUUAAAAUUAUAUCAUUUCACAAUGAUUGAAAAGAACGAAUUAAAGGAAACUGUGUCUGAUGGAACUGUCUUUCAACUGUUUACUGCUUUUAUUGCUACAUUAUUAGCCGUCACCGAUGGCAUGUCAUACGGAUGGAGUGCUCCUAUGACCCCUUACUUCAUCAGUGGAGAGAGUCACGUAAAAAUGACCUUACAAGAAGCUGAAAGAAUGGAAACAUGGUUGAUGAUUGGUACCAUAUGCGCGCUGCCAGUUACCGUAUUUGCAGUAGAUAAAAUAGGAAGAAAAAAAACUCUACUAGCCUCCUGUGUCGUUUUGAUAAUAUGCUGGAUAAUGAUAGCAAUAGGAAGAAGAAUAGAAAUCCUCUACGCAGGAAGGUUACUACAAGGAUCAGGAGUUAACAUGGCCUUUGUUGCUGCUCCAAUGUACAUAACAGAAAUCACACAAAAACACUUUCGAGGAAUGAUAAUAAGUACAGUUUUCGUGAUGAUGAUGUUUGGUGUUUUAUUAGUAUAUUCAACAAUACCAUUUGUUCCAUAUUAUGUUCCUUCAGUCAUAGCCGUUGCUUUACUAUCGGUCCAGCUGGUAGUAUUUUCAUUUUUGCCGGAAACUCCUUACUACCUCAUCAAAACAAAACAAUAUGAAGAAGCCAGGAAGUCCCUUCAAAGCUUCAGGGGCGACUGCAACAUCGACAAAGAGUUCAACGAAAUCCUCAAGGAAGCUGAAACCCACCAGAAAGAAAAUGUGUCUGCUUUAAAGGGAAUGUUUCUAGUGAAAAGUUAUCGAAAAGCUCUCAUAAUAGUAUUCUUUCUGACUAUCUGUCAACCAUUUGGAUGUAUGGAAAUAAUUUUGAUGAAUCUUCAUGAGAUCCUCAACAACGCAGGGUCCGUAUAUAUGGAUUCCAAAUAUGCUGCUAUCAUCUUUGCCAGUUUGAUGAUGGUAUCUGCACUUGCAUCUUCUUUUACUAUCGACAAAUUCGGAAGGAAAUUUCUGUUGAUAACAUCGACGAUUCUCACAGGAUUAUGCCUUCUGACAUUAGGAGUAUAUUUUAAUUUAAAAACUGCUGGCUUCGACAUGGAAUCAGUCAGUUGGAUACCCAUAGUGGCUGUAAUGGUCUACGCACUCGUUUUCAAAAUUGGAUUGGGAAUGGUACCAAUUGUAGUGACAACGGAGGUUUUUACAGCAAACAUAAGACCUCUAGGAAUGACUCUUGCAGACGGUUUUUAUGUUGCUGCUUCUAUAUUGUCACUGGAGCUAUUCUUCAAUUUGAAGAGCACGUUUGGCAUGCAUGCCGCUUUCUAUACGUUCACUCUUUAUGCCUUCGUUACGUUGACAUUCAUUAUUUUUUGGGUUCCAGAAACCAAGGGUAAGAGUAUUGAGGAAAUUCAGGAUAUUUUGAGAGGAACCAAAGGGCCGUCAUUAGAGGAAAGUAAUUGAGUUUCUCAAAGUAAAAUACCUUCUCAACCUAUCGAUAUUAUUUUUUUGUAUACUAGAACUUUCAAAACACUCUUCUCUAUAUCGCUCUGGUGGGUGAGACAAGUAAUUCUGUUUUACUUAUGGUUUUCGUCGUUAUGCGUAUGUCUACUGUAAUGCAUGUUCUAUGAGAAAUCCCAUUCCAUUUGAAACUGAGAGUGAAACUGUGCGAAAUUUUCUACUACACUAUAUUCAGUACAUCGAUAAAAGAGAACCAGCUGUGUUAUUUCUAUCAAAGAUACCUAUAUUCAUUUUUUUUAUAAUUUUGUAUUCAAAUAUAUUUUUUGACAUACUCAAAAAA